AUGGCUCCAUGCGAGCUCGUGUCCUAUCAUGCAAAUCACCAUUGGGUGGAGUCACCUUUGGCGCUGACAGAAAGCAUGGUGAUGCAGCAAGGGAGUGCUGAGACGCCGCAAGGGAGCAGCAGCGGGAGUGUCGUCGUGGACAUGAGCGGGCAAUGUCACGCCGUGGACGAGCCUUCUCAACCAUGGGCGUUUCUUCAUCAAGUGGAGUCGACUUCUGCUCCCCUCCCUCCACUCACCCUCGCAGCAGCCUCCGCUGCUCUUCCCCCUGCACGUCCCCCACUUGUUCCCCUGCCGUUCCUCACGCUCCCUCCGCUGUCUCCCCCACUCAAGCCGCCCCUCACGCCCCACUCCUUCACACUCCCCCCGUCGCGCGCCCCACUCGCUCAACCACUCUCCCUCACACGCCACCCCCCCCCCUCCUCUGCUGCGCCGCCCGCUCGCUCGCUCCGCGGAACCGUCCGGCGGCUGCUCCAGCGCUGCCAGCUGUCGGAUGACGUGGCACUGCAGGCGCUGGAGGGGCGGCUGCAGCUGCUGGACGCGCACAGGGCGCUCAGCAGAGUGCGUUGCCAGCAGUUCGUGACAGUGUUUGAAGGGCCACACAGGGGGACUGCGCUUGAGGCAUCUCAGGGAGCAACUGCGGCUGAGUCGACGCACAGCGUGCGGUGCCAGCAGUUCGUGACGGCGUUCGAGGGGCCCCAUAGAGUGGCGGCGUUUGAGGGCUCUCAGAGGGUGACAGCGUUUGAGGGAGCACACAGGGAGCUCACCUCAGAGUCAUGGGGUGAUGAUGCUGCUGCUGCUGCUGCUGAUGGUGCUGAUGGUGCUGUCAUGGGAGCCGUGCCCGUGGCUCUUGAGGUGCGAGACCCAGGUGCUGGAGGGCGGACUGAGGCAGAUUUCGCCGACGAGGAUUCCAGCGAUGGGGAUUCCACUGGAGCGGGGCAGUGCACGCCGCAUGCGCUUUCUCUUCCCACACUCGCCCUCCCCCCCUCCCUUCUGUGUGUUGUUGUAGCUAGGGGGUUGUAG